CCUGACAACAGGGCAGUGCUUCCGGUUUGUAUUUCUUCAAACUAAAAGCGACAUGUGUUUUUACCCGCCUAUUCUAAACCAAGUGUUUCAAACCGAGUUCAUAAAAUCCAAAAUUCCAAUCGUGAGGUGUGUAAGAGCACACAUGUACCAUAGGUAUAGUUUGCAUCACAUGUAGAUCUGCCCCUGAACUUUAUAUUACAAAUGACUCAUAUUUCAAAUGUUUCUUUUUUAUAGUCAGCAAAAAUUGGCACCAAAAUCCAACUAAUGUGUAUGUGGUGCAACAUUUAGGUAUUUAUUAGUAUUCAAUGACUAGAAACGUAACUGGUUCUUGACUAACUGAGGACUACCUACUGACUAGUAUGAACCUUAUUUUUCGUUUUCCCGUCUCUUUCAAGAAAUCAGCAUUUAUUUUGAAAGUCAGUUGCUCUUCUACCGGUCUCACCGACUGCACUUCAAAUGCGGUUCGGUUGGAUCCAGUCUAACCGGUCCAUUCAGGACGUUACAGAAAAGCUACACUUACAGAGAGCAAUUAUUUGUAAACCCCCAAAAUAUGAACAGUAUCGAUAUGACCAAUUAACGGAAUGACAACACUAACCUGGAUCCCGCGGACCGAUCGGCUCGUCCUUCCUAGACCGGAAGUAGGAUACUGCCCUCACAAUAAAAGCGCUACGUCAGAAAACAGACCGUAAAGUGUAAACAUAUUUGUUUGUACUGAAGAGAUUUUUGUUUGGCAUUAACAUAUUCUGACCAUAUCAAAACAAGCCAUUCAUCCAGAGACGGGGACAUUAUCAUAACGACAAAUGGCAUAGUACGUUUGUUUUUAUUUUGAAAAGCUGAUUCGGAUUGCUGUGGCUGGACGGAGCUUGACAGGCAGCGCAUGUCACGUGUCGGUGGCUGAGGUCGUGUCUGCAUGCGCGUGUCUGCACGAAUAGAACGUGAUUAAAAAAGUGGUGACGUUGGUGAACGUGACCAGUUGGCUUCCAUCAUCAAUCAUCAGAGGAUCAAAUACUGAAUACUUCAUUAUCAGUUCUUCGACAAUCGGAAUUAUAUAAUAAUGAUGUCACUCUUUUUUAAAACCUCUUAAUCAGCACACGGUCACAGAAGAGGCACACAUACAUUUGAAAUGAAAUCAAGGUCAUUUAGGUUUUGAAAGGUCCAUAUGAUGCCAGAUUUACAGUGGCUUAUUUCCCAAGUGAGAACUACGCAUAUAAUGGGUUUAAAGUGCUCUGAAUAAGGAGACAACCAGAUGAGAAAAAUAUUUUAUAAUUGUUAUUAAAAAUAAAUAUUUGAUUAAGUAAUAAUCAGCCAUCACAAUAGUUUAUAAAGGUGGCAUAUAUAUUCUUCUAAUUCUGCAGCCUGUUAGUGUUUACAGCUUUUUAUAGUAAUAAAGGCAUCAGAGGUAGUAAAAAGCUAAUAGUAAUAGUUAGUAGUAGUAGUAGUUAGUUAGUUAGUUUUACAGUCCGACACACAUUCCGUCUUACUGCUUCUAGGUCUCGAUUAAGUAUUUACACAAAUCAUCAAACACAAGCAAUAAGUACAUACAGGAGUUCAAGAUGAUAAUACUCAUCUUAAGUAGCUGCUUUAAUUAUAGUACUUUAUACCCCAGAAUAAUUUGAAUGUUUACUUAAGUAGGUUUUUACUUCUGCAAAAAAGCAAUAAGAACAGCACCCAAGAUGAUCGUCUUGUAUCAGCCCUCUCGCCUUGUCCUACCAAAUGCUGAGCUGCUCCGCUGUGUUCAAAACGCGUCGCUGGGCAACAGGGCACCUGCAGAGGAAAGUGUGUGUUGUUACCUGUAAAUCGACACUCGCGGGACGGCAGUCGCACUGUGAAACUCAUCUGUGGUUCAGUGCAGCUUCAAUGAAACACAGACAACCUCAACUAAAAGACCCAGAAGUGGAACCAAGAAGAUGGCAUUAGCCAGCGGCCAUUGGCUGGAGAAAGAGGUGAGGGGAGAAGCCCCACGUCCCAGACAUGGCCACGCUUUAGCUUUGGCAGGAAACGUCGCCUUCCUGUUCGGAGGAGCUUCCAGCAACAACAAAGAGGAGGACAUCAAUGUUUACUUCAACGACUUCUACAUGCUAACAGUGUCUCCUGAUGAUGUGACGUGGGAGGAGAUACCUCAGCGCGGAGAAGUUCCCACAGCCAGAGAAGGACACACUCUUUGUGUCGUGAAAGGAAAGCUGUAUCUGUUUGGCGGAGCGUCCGGCUACGACGCCACUGAGUGUCUCCCGGGAGUCUACAGCUUUGACAUCGUGUCUCUGACUUGGGACCGCUUGGCAGUCGGCGGCGUGGCCCUCAGAACCCUCAGACACGGCGCCGUUGCCGUGGGAGACAACAUCUACGUGUACGGAGGCGUUCUGAGAGGGAAUCCGACCGACGACCUCAUGGUCUUCAACACAGCGUCUCUCACCUGGACGCCGGUCAAAACCAGCGGAUCGCUUCCUCCGGCCCUGUGGGGUCAGAGUUUUGCUCUGGUGGGGGAUCAGGUGUUCAUGUCCGGAGGUUAUGAAGCAGGUGGAGUCUUCUGCAACAACUUCCAUGUUCUCAAUACAGAGACUUUGCAGUGGCAGAAAUGGGAGGUGAAGGGAGACGCACCAGCAGCCUGCAGCGGACAGACACUGACUGCACACCACGAUAAAGAUAUCUACCUGUUCGGUGGCAAAACCACAAAUGAGGACGGCACGGUGACGCCUUCCAAUGAAAUCCACAAACUCAGUAUUUCUAAGAUGAAGUGGAAGGUUCCUCUGUACGUUGGAAUUCCUCCGGCCCGACGCCACGGACACAGCGCCUUCAUUCUCCACAGCCACCUGUAUGUGUUUGGAGGGAAGAACGAGGAGCAGGAGUUCAAUGACCUAAGAGUGAUGAAGCUCAUUAACCCCUCAGAGAGACAACCAGUGAUGAGGGAGAUCCUGUCAGAGUUCGGUCUGCAGGGAGUCAGCCACAGUUUCACCCCCACGAAGAUUCCCAACGUUCGCUACGAGCUGAGCGAGUCCGCUCCGCUCGAGCAGCCCAGAAACACGGCAGCUACUGCGCAGGCGGUUCUCUACAGAGACUUCAGUGCAGCUCGAGAUGAGGCCAUGAGAAAAAUCCAGGCAGCCUUUACUCUGCUUGACCAGGAGUUCCAGAACGUGGAUCGAGAGAGGUCAGAUUUAUCUCAAGCUGUUGUGGCGCUGCAAAGAGAGAAGGAAGGUCAUGAAGCCUGCAGACAACAACAGCAACAGGAGCUGCAGGAGAUGCUGGACAGACAUCGCUCUCAGAACGAGGCGUGGCUCCGAGCGAGAGCGGAGGAGAACGACCGAGAGAGGAGGGAGCUCUGCAGACUCCGGGAGGAGGUGCUGCAGGAGCAGGAGAGGCUGAAGGAGGAGCAGAACAGCAUCCAGAAACGCAGCGAGCACCUUCUGUCCAUCAUGCAGCAGUUCAAAGGAAUGUGAGAUGGACAGAGGGAGAACGACAUAGACCAUCUUGGCUCUACAUCACAUCACAUGUCAUUUAUCUGACGCUUUUGUCCAAAGCGACUUACAAUAAGAACAUUUCAACCAGAAGGAAACAAACUCAGAAGAACAAGAAACAAGAAAGUGCAAUUUCAUCAAAUA